UAGUAGCGUAGCCAAUCAAAAUGCAGGAUUUGCAUUAGUCCACUAGUUGGGUGAUACUAAAUACCAAUAGUGGGGUGUCCACAAGGAGAGAGUUGACUCUAUACUGAUCUAUGCAACUUGACCCUGUGUAUGGAUAGUAUAUUUUAACUUUUAUUUCCUUCAUAUUUCUUUCCAUAGGUGUGAUUUCCAAAAACUUACAAGACCAGAAUGUAGAUUAUGUUUCACCUCUUCCAAGCAAAAUAACAAGCCCAGAGCACGUAUUUAAAAAUGAAAAUGUCAGGGAGCAAUCAUCAAUAAGUGGAGGACAAGAAACUCUCUCUAUUCCUGAUGACAACCAUGUACCAGUUUCUGCUAGCCUUUUCCAAGGUCAGCUAUUAAUCGAAAAUAAUUUAUCACCAUCACAAAGCACUGGAAAUGUUUCAUCUGAUGAGUACAUCUUGACUGAAUUACAACCACGGAAUUUUCAACCUCCCACAUGUGUUCCCUCUUUAAGCCAAGGGAAGUACCCACAAAAUGGAAGUUGGUUUGUGGAGUUGAAUGAAUUGAAUGGUCAGAAUGACAUUGAUCAGCAAGAAGGGGAAGACAGCAUUUUUCACGACGGUGAGGAAGAGAUUGACAGUGUCUUGGAGAUGCACAGUGAAAUUCAACAAUGCUUGAGUUUGAAUAGAGAUUACCAGUUGGCAAUACUAGAUGAGCUUGAGAGAAUUGAAAUUGCUUUGGCAAAGAACAGGGAAAAACAGUAUGGAUUACAUCAGAUGAGGGCAAACAAAGAUGAAGGAAAACCUGAACCUCACACGUUAGCCAAGUUUGCCAAUCCAUAUUUCAAAGACACAAGUUCAGUGGGACCUCCAGAUAAUGAGGACACCAAAAUCAAGAGGCAGAGCUGUCAUUUUGAAGGUUACCAAACUUCAUCAAAAUUCUGGAAUCAAAAAGAAAGAAACAGCUUAGCCGAGGGAGUCAGGAUGCAAAAUUUGGAAAACAAACUGUCUCCAGUUCUGCAGAGAAUUCAAAAACUGGAGCUUAAGAAAGAUAAAACUGAGAGUGAAUCACAAGAACUUGAAGAUCUGAAAGCAGAAAGUCUAAGAAUCAAAAAUUUACCUAAAGAGAAACUGGAACGUGACUUAGAAGCUAUUGACUGGGACAGAAUAAGCGGUACCUAUCUGCAAAAACGUUCAGGUUUUCAAUGCCGCUUGCAAUGGUGUAACUUUGGCCACCCUGAUGUCAACCGAAAACCAUGGACUAAAGAGGAGGACAAGAUGUUAAUAAAGCUUGCCAAAGAGCCUGGGAAUACCUGGGAUGUCAUCGCACAAAAACUUCAGACCAAGCGCACUCCCAUUCACUGUUAUGAACGCUACCAGAGAAGCCUGAAUAAAAAUCUUUUAAAGAGCAAGUGGACCCCAGAAGACGAUCAACAGCUGCUUCAAGUGGUGCAGAUAGUUGGGCUCGGCAAUUGGCCAAGAGUGGCUAGUUUCUUGGAAGGCCGGCACGGAGAUCAGUGCUUGCAUCGCUACACACAGACACUGCAGAUGGUGAAGAAAGGCAAAUGGUACGAAGAUGAGGAUAAGCUUCUUAAGAAAGCAGUUGACAAGUAUGGAGCAUGUAAUUGGAACAGGCUGUCUGAGAUGGUUCCUGGACGAUCAGGACCUCAGUGUCGAGAAAGAUGGGUGAAUGCCUUGGAUCCCAACAUAAACAAAGGACCAUGGACUAAAGAAGAUGAUCGGAAGUUGCUGGAAUAUGUUGAAAAAUUUGGAAAAGGAAACUGGUCUAAGAUUGCUCGAGCUAUGGGCGAUCGAACUGAUAAUCAGUGUUGGCGCCGAUGGAUUGUACUCUGCAAGGAUGACUUUUUAUACUAUCGUCAAAAUACCCUGCGCAAGAAAAGAGAGCUGGUGGCCAACUUCACUGGAAGAAGGCAGGAAAGACCGUCACUUGAACCCGAGGAUCUGGACAUUCCAGAUAUUCCAGUUGUGAGGAAACGCAAAGGCCCUGUUCCGCUUCCUAUUGAAGAGUCCCGGGCGAGGCGACGAGCAACCAGGGCCAAAUUCAGGGAGAAGAAACGAGCGGAGAAACGAGAGGCACAGAGGAGAGAAGCUGAAAAAAGACAGGCUGAGGAACAGUCCAACGAAACGGCUCCAAGUGAACAGCAAAGUACGGCGGGUGCUGAGGGUGAGGCUAAAGAUGACGCGAAUGAUGGAGAGGAAGGCUCCUCCGAAUCCAAGAAGAGCCCGCGCAUCAGAAAAGCGGGCGGAAACAGGAACAGAAUUCAGCAGCCUCAUCACCGUGUUCUUAUGAAAAACAAACAGCUCUCCAAACGGAAACGAGUCGCAGAAAAACGAGAAAAACGUCACACCGGAAGUUCGAGCGAAGAAAAGCAGGUCACAGUGACUGGCUCAUUAGGGCCCUUCUCGCUUCUUCUGCAGGCGUUCAGUAUCGAUAUCCCCACGGUUCUUCAAGCCAUUCAAACUACUUCCACAGCAUCAUCCACGUUCACUCCUUCCUCAGAUGCAAAUGGCGCUAGUAACGCUGGGAACAGUCGAGGAGGAGAAGAGAUUAGUUUAGGCGAUCACAGCUCUCAGAGGAACCAGAGUGUCUGUUGUAAUCCCGAGGCCCCCACGGAAACCGAGGCUGAAGUUCAUGACGUCACUUGUAGUAGACAAACAGAACCACAGAACUGCGAGAAAGAGCAGUUAACUAACGAGAAUGAACUUGUUAAAGGAAAGGACGGUCAUAGUGAUAGACAUCAAGCAGCUAAAAAUAUUGAUGCGGAGCCAGCUGUUGACUCACAAGUCUUGAACGAUGCGAGUAACGGUGCCCCAUCUAAUGCGCACGCUCUUGUAAGCACGGACCGAGUUGAAGCUGGAAACGAAUCAACAGCACAGACCCCAACAACAAGCCAGGCCACACGCAGGCGCGCACCAGCAAUUCCUCCUCUUCCACCUUGCCUUACCACCCUAAAAACAUUCAAAUCUCUUCUUCAACUCCGUCCACAUUUGCAGCGAAUAGCCGCCAUGUUGAACACAUCACCUGCACACAGUACAGCGAACACUGUAGCUUAUCAGCUGUCUUCUACAGCGGGCACAGCUGGUAGUCAUAGAAACCAGAUGUCACCAAAUGUCACGUUUAUUAAUGAAAACGACGUUCACGUUAGUUUAAAUGAGUCACGUCGUGGCGUUGUUGAAUCGUCUAAGAACAUUGAUGCAGCAUCCGGGAAAGACGCUGUAAACGAACCACAUAAUGAAACCUGUUUGGAUGAGAUAGUAGCCAACGAUCACGUGGUUUCACGUGGACAUGCACGUGAUACAAAAGGAGGCGGUGAAUCAGGCGAACAGCUGCCUACAUCUACAGGUGCUGUCACGGAGGGUAAGCUAUCGACUGGUCACUCUCGAUUGACUACAGAAGGUCCCCGCACACCAGCAGUUGAUAACAUAGGUUCACAACAGAUCCAAAUUUCUGAACAAGCAGGCCAAGCAAUAUCGUCAUGUAGAGCUUCUGAUAGUGUACAAACUGAUACUGUUCCUGUACCCACCAUAGUAAGCAACGAACAAAUUGACCGUUCACUUGUUCAGAACAGCACUCAAAAAUCUCCUGCAACGGUUGCGCCAGGGAGUCGUUUAAACAACACUUCGUAUCGAAAUUCGUACGAGUACAAAAUGCUCUCUUCGCGAUUCAGCAGCCUAUUCUUGUGGCCGGCUCUACUUUCUAAAAUUCGGGUCAAGGGUUCUUCCCAAAUUGGGCCUGUCUUUGCUGAAAGACAUCCCCCGCCUAGUGGAGGCGGUGGCGAUGGCACUGAAAACGCUACCACUCACAAGCGAAAACCUGCAGCAUUACGUCAAACGGAUGUCAUUAGACGUAAGCGACCUGGUCUAGCUGCAGUGAGAAUGGCUUCCUCAGCAUCGCUUUCGACCCCAGGCCAGCAGAUGUGCAUAGUCGGGCAGGGUUCCGCUAUAAGGAAGGAGACCCCAGCAAGGCAGCCUGAUGACCCGUCGGUUGCUUUUGCAGCCUCUCAGUUGCUGUCAUUACAAGAGACGUCAAGAUCGUUGUCCAUUCCUGCUGCGAGUACUAGUUCAUGUAACACGCGUAGGAGCAAGAGAAAAGGAACUCCCGUGAAGCGAAGUCCCAAUGAAACGCACAGCACUUGUGCAUCUAAAAGAAGCAAGUUUAUUAAAAUUUCGGAUUCUUCGCCUUCUUCCGAAGAGUCUUCGUAUUCUGAGGAUGAUUCUCUUGAUACUGAGUAUUUACCUGUGAAAUCAAAGUACAAUACAGUGAGAACAGGCGCUGCAAUGAAAACUCGCCAAUCUUUACAGAAAAUUCAAAAUUUAGAUGUAAGGGAUGCCAAGUUGCCUCCAGAUAUCCCAGCGACGCCUUCUACCUCAACAGACCAAGUUAGCAACGCCGAUGAAAUCCCGCUCACUCGAGUUGUGAACAGGGGCGAUUCUACCGACGUAUCCCAGCCUUCUUUGUUAGUUGUGCAAGAGGGCACUGAUGUCAGACCAGCUCAAGACGAGGAAACCGCUGGCCAACAGUCAGGCGCAGCUGCUAAUCAGGACUUAUCAAAGAAAAGUCUACUUCACGAGAACAACUCGCCAUCAUGUUCAUCCAAACGGAAAAUUUGCAAACCCGACAAAAAUCGUGGAGCUCGCUGGAGAGCCAUGCUCCCGAACGUCGAUUCUGAAGAAAGCGAUGCGUAGUAAAACACGUAAUCAGCUUGUUAUUAUUUAACGCUGACCAUUAAUUAUUUAAAUACCUUUUUUGGAGAAAAAGUUUGUCUCCGGAGGUCGAUUUAGCUCGUGGGUUUCGCUACAGAGGAUUUCACCUCCAUGAUACCAUACUUGCCUGACAACUGUUGAAAUCAUCGCCCUUCCUUUUUGGUGUCCAUAUCAUGUUUAAUUAAGUUGGGGUCAGUGAAGAUCUGCUUUGACAGUGAUCGUAGUCGUAUGUGCAAUAGUAGAAGCUGUCUUGAAUGUUGUAAGAGGGUGUACGCACUGUAAACUCAUUACUGCGGAUAAACGGUGCAGUCAUUAUAGGGUUCCAGAUAAGUUUUAAAGGUUGGGUGCCAAUAAGGAAUUCCAACGGGUCAAUUCCCAAUGCACCCACCAAAUCGCUAUAAUUUUUUUACUAAUGUAUCGCGUCAUGUAGCUGAUCUUGUCAGGUUCUUGACCUGAGAUUCCUCACUUACCUGGAACACUGCAAUGACUUGGGCUGUUGGUAAAUUACGUUUUCUAAACCAUUUCCUGCCUUUGUCUCGAUUUUUCCUUCAUUCCACUUGGUUUAAGUGCCAGUUAAGGCCGCGCCCACACCACGCCGGAGGAAUUUAAAAACGGACUGAGGUUUCACGCUGAAAACGUGUCAAAUGUUUUCUGUCCACACUACAUCAGGGAAAUUUGAAAACGCAACAAUCAGCGGUCAUUUUGGAUUUGUGUUUGAGUAAAACCCGGGUAGGGAAGUAUCGUGAUUAUCGUAACCUGCCGGAGGAAUUUGAAAAGGGAGCUUUAUUUCUCCGGUUAGGCCCACUGUCCACGCUCAUCCGUCACGAAAACGGAGCUUUUCGAAAACGCUCUUCAAACCCUAAACGCCGAAUGUGCGUUUUGGUCGGGACAGAAAACAUUUUGAAAACGAAGCUUUUCGAAAACGAUGAU